AUGAACGACCUCCCUCUUCCCCCCUAUGAGGCCCUCCCUCCCUAUGAAGCCCCACCACCUUGGAUUCCCCCACAACAAAGAAAAGGUAACCCAAGUUACGACGCUGACAUCAGGCUGUUUCUGCCGAGAAGAAUUUUACUGAAGAGAAGGAUGAUUACCGACACCGUUAGUUCGAAUUCAGAAGCGGAUAGGCUGGGAGUCAGGGAGGGUGAUCAAAUAAUUGAAGUGAACGGCGUGAACUUUGAGAACAUUGAACAUACAGAGGCGGUAAGAAUUCUGAAGGGUACAUUGGAAGUAGACAUGAUUCUGAAGUAUUUUCCAUACUUGUGUCGAAAAGCCGUUGCAAAAAAGCCAGUGAACGAGCAAAACAGUGCCUUCCAACGUUAA